AUGACGAAGGGAAGUCGAUCUUUGGUAAGCGUCGUGAUAAGACACACACCCUCUGUCGAAGGUGUGGUAGAUCAUCCUACCACAUCCAGAAAUCAAAAUGUGCACAAUGUGGAUAUCCUGCUGCGCUCCUAUCACUGGUCAGUGAAAGCCAAGCGUAGGAAGACCACUGGAACCGGCAGCAUGCGUCACUUGAAAAUCGUAACAAGGCGUUUCCGCAAUGGCUUUAAACCCACCCCUAACAAAGCUGUGGCUUCGUCCUAG